AAGGAAACAAGAGAAUUGGAGAGAGAAUCAAGAUCAUACAUCUCUAACUAUUAAUCUCUUUGGUCAUUGCAUGCAAAGAAGAAACAACUUGAAUCUUGUUCCUUUUGAUCCUGACAUAGAAAGAACUUUUAGAAGACAUCGAAGGGAGAAUUUACAAGUUGCAACUUUAAAUCAGACAAUGGCUGAGGAUAACAAUAAUAAUGGCAAUAAUGCCAUUAAUUUGGUUCCCGAAGCAAAUAGAGCACUACGGGAUUAUGCUGUUCCUCUUGUGCAAGGUUUGCACCAAAGCAUUAGGAGACCUUCCAUCAAUGCGAAUAAUUUCGAAAUUAAGCCAGCUUACAUUCAGAUGAUUCAGUCUUCAGUCCAGUUUAGUGGAUUACCUAGUGAUGAUCCUAAUUCUCAUCUGGUAAAUUUCCUAGAGAUUUGUGACACCUUCAAGUACAAUGGAGUAACUGAUGAUGCUAUUAGAUUGAGACUGUUUCCCUUUUCUCUGAGAGAUAAAGCAAAAAGUUGGCUUAAUUCAUUGCCUAAUGGGUCUAUCACUACAUGGGAGGACUUGGCACAAAAGUUUCUAGCAAAAUUUUUUCCACCUGCCAAGACUGCAAAGAUGAGGAACGAUAUCACCUCAUUCAUACAAUUUGAUGGUGAGUCCUUGUAUGAAGCCUGGGAGAGGUUUAAAGAACUACUGAGAAGAUGUCCACAUCAUGGGAUUCCUGAUUGGUUGCAAGUUCAGACAUUCUACAAUGGGUUGGUUGGGUCAAUAAAAACCAUAAUUGAUGCUGCUGCUGGUGGGGCAUUAAUGAGUAAGAAUGCUGUAGAUGCCUACAAUUUGUUGGAAGAGAUGGCCUCCAAUAAUUAUCAAUGGCCUUCAGAAAGGUCAGGCUCGAGAAAAGCUGUUGGAGCUUAUGAAAUUGAUGCACUUGGCACCUUAACUACUCAAGUAGCUGCGUUGUCCAAAAAGCUUGAUACACUGGGAGUUCAUGCAGUUCAAAAUUCAUUAGUUGUUUGUGAGAUGUGUGGAGAUAGUCAUUCAUAUGAUCAAUGUCCAUAUAAUUCCGAAUCAGUCCAGUUCGUGGGGAAUUUCAACAGGCAGCAAAAUAACCCAUACUCCAAUACUUAUAAUCCUGGUUGGAGAAACCACCCCAACUUUUCAUGGAGUAACAAUGCAGGGCCUUCCAAUCCAAAACCCAUCAUGCCUCCUGGUUUUCAACAACAAGCUAGACCACAAUUCCAGAAAGAAGUCCCAAUUGGAAUAACUCCUCUUGCAAUAUAUAUCCAAGACUGA